AUGAUUAUCACUUCCGAUAAUCCUGAAGCAGCAGACGACCCCAAACACCGUCCAGGUCCCAGUGGUCGCUCUACUUCACAGUCUGCCGUGGAAGAUGAGGCGCAACCUCCGCCAUACAGCUACUCACCGCGGGCUGAUCCCAGAGUCGAUCUUCUCGAAGGGGAGGGGGAGGAAGACACCAUACUGAUUCCCGCGCCAUCCCGCCCGCUGCCAUCGCCUUUUCCUGCAGUAUCCCAGGCAGUGCCUGUCAUAUCGAACAUCCCCCCAAACCUGCCGCGGCAAAACCGCCUGCGUAUCUAUCGCGAUAACUCUGGCAUUCGUGACACCUUCGUAAUCGAUCCCACUCUGCCUGCGCCUCCAGGAAGCCAUGACAAGGCGCUCAGCGUCACAAAGGGGAUGGUUGAGCUUGAGGGUUUGAGCAUGAAUGGUAGCAUCAACUUCCGGGUGGCCGAAUGCCCAGCGGACAUGCGUAUCUCCAUCCACGUCGAGUCACGUAACGGCAGUGUUGCCCUCUUCCUCCCAGCAACCUUCCGUGGACCGCUCACAAUCGGACACGAGAACGGCAACGCAUGGUUGACACCCCCGCUGCGGACCCGUACGCGUACGCUGGACGAGACCGCAGGUCAGCAUCGGUGCUGGGUUGGCGAAUGGGGGGAAGACGACGACCCGAAUUGGGUUGCGGACGAGUGCACGGUGGAGAGUCAUAAUGGGAGCGUUAAAGUUGGAUAUUGGUCGGCUGAGGCGGCGGAUAUGAAGCAACAGGUGCCUAAGGGGGCCAUGGAGAAGGCGUUUGGGCAGAAGAAAUGA